CUGCCCUGCCCUACCACCCAUCUCUCAGGCCACUGCACUCCACUUGCCACCACCACAGUGAAUUAGAGGACAGCCAGCAGCAGAGAAGAGCAAGUUGGCAGGUUGCUCUGGACCUCCAGCUCCCACUGCCACACUGAGAGCCUGACCCCAGUUAUCUUUCUGGGCUGCCCUGGGCUCUGUGGGUCCCAUCUAUAAGAGGGUUGACAUGGCUACCACAGGUGUCCCCAAAGCAUGGGGAUUGGGGCAGCCACACUGAAACAUCCUAUGGACAGCUCUGGCUGGCAUUUAGCAAAUGACAAAGCAAACCUCAGAAAGUUACAUAGUAAAGACCAAAUGAACUCAGUGGCUAAGAAGUUAUUGAUCUUUUAGAUCUAAGAAACUGACUUGCCUGUAGGUUUUUUUUUUUGGCGGGGGCGUGGAGAAGGUAUAUCUGUUUCUCUGGCUUGCCUCCUGCAGAGAAAUCACUGGGUAUACCCCAUCAGUACUGCCCAUUACACAGUGUAGGUUAUUGUAUUACAACUCCCAUAAUGUGCUCUUAUCUUUCUGUACACAAAACUGAUGGCUCGGACUACAAUUCCCUGCAUGCAAUGCUCCCUCGCUGGUGUAUUUCAUUCUGUCUGUGAUCGGCUGAGAGUCAUUAGACUGGAAGGGCGGGCAAACAGCAGCAGUAAUGCUAAACUGCUUGGUGACUGUGCUGGGAAUAUGCACCUGUGUUCUCCUUCUCCUAUUCAUGGCAGCUCCCUACAUCAGGAGGUAUGUGGCAGGAGGAGUGUGUAAAUCAACAGCUAAGCUGAAUGGGAAAGUAGUGGUGAUCACCGGGGCCAAUACAGGCAUUGGAAAGGAGACUGCCAGAGAUCUUGCACAAAGAGGUGCCAGGGUGAUCAUUGCCUGCAGAGACAUGGCAAAGGGGGAAGCAGCAGCCUCUGAGAUCCGAGCAGAGACAGGAAACCAACAAGUAAUUGUGAAGAAGCUGGAUCUGGCUGAAACCAAGUCUAUCCGACAGUUUGCUGAGAGCUUCCUAGAAGAAGAGAAGGCGCUACACAUCCUCAUUAACAAUGCUGGUGUCAUGCUGUGCCCUUACUCCAAGACGGCUGAUGGCUUUGAGAUGCAUCUGGGAGUCAAUCACCUUGGUCACUUCCUCUUGACCUUCCUGCUUCUGGAGCGCCUGAAGCAGUCAGCUCCAGCCCGCAUAGUAAACGUGUCCUCGCUGGCUCAUCAUGGAGGCAGGAUCCGCUUCCAUGACCUCCAGGGUGAGAAGUGCUACAACAAGGGUCUUGCGUACUGUCACAGUAAAUUGGCUAAUGUACUCUUCACCCGGGAGCUGGCUAGACGCCUGAAAGGCACUGGUGUCACUGCAAACUCUCUGCAUCCUGGAUCUGUUCAUUCUGAAUUGAUCCGGCACUCGAUUCUAAUGACUCUGUUAUGGAAGACAUUUUCCUUCUUCUUGAAGACUCCACGAGAAGGAGCCCAAACCAGUAUAUACUGUGCAGUGGCUGAGGAGCUGGAGUCCGUGACUGGGCAGUAUUUCAGUGACUGCCGGCCUGCCUAUGUUUCCCCUCAAGGCCGGAAUGAUGAGCUGGCAAAGAAGCUUUGGAAUGUCAGUUGCGAGCUGCUGGGCAUCCAAUGGGACUGAUGUGGAGUCCCCUGAUCUAGCGCUAGAUGGGCUUGGAGUUGGAUGUCCUUAAGGAGCUCUUUGCUUGAGAAGAACACAAGCUAAUGUGCAGACAGCCCACUGCCUGGCACUUGCAGCUGCUCUACCAUUGUUUUUUAUAGAAACACCCACCCCUGAACUUCUGUAAGUGUUGUCUUGUAAAAGAAAAGGUGAGACUGCUUCCCUGCUUGCCCCUCUUUCCUACCUGGAAGUUCAGGGCAAAGUGCAGUGAGUCAGGCCUUA